AUGAAGUCCACCGCCAUUGUCGCUGUUGCCCUCGUUGCCACCACGAACGCCGACUUGUGCGAUGUGCCUGCGCUCAUUGGAAACGUCACCUCCCCCGAAGCUGUAACUUGCUUGGGUGACUCCGGCUUUGAUGUAACGAUGCUGGUCGCGCCGACGAGCGCCGAAUUGGCCAAAAUGUGUACCAGCACGGCCUGUCAGUCGGUUUUAUCCGGCGCAGAAGCGACCGCCCCCACAGAGUGCACUGUUGGAAGCUUCGCUUUGUACGCCGACCUGAUCACCCCGCUCAAGACAGCCUGCUCCGGAGGCUCGUCCUCCGGGUCCUCCACCUGGACCACCGUCGCCUUCAACUCCACAGACUCGGAUGAAGCGGCUCCAUCGUGUGCUUCGGGCAGCAGCAGAAGCAGCAGCAGCAGUGCUAAAAGGGCUGUCAUGUCGUGCUAG